GGUGGAGGUGGGGUGGAGGCGAAAGGCUUGAAGGGGAGAGGGGGUAUUCACAAAGACUUUGGCAAACGCCACUCUGCACAGUGCUACAAAGGCUCUGGACAAGAAGGAGGGAGUGCCUUUUAACUUAUUCAGUCGCAGAGCCUUCUCUGUUUCAUAACAAUGCGCCUGGCAGCUGUCUUGCUGGUAGGGCUCCUGCACCUCACAUUGGCUCAGGAAGCAGACCCGCUCGCAUGGAUCUACAGGCUACAUCCUAUGGCCUCCCUGCAGGCUGACAACACUGGAGGAGACUGCCCAACCGAGUGUGACUGCCCUCCAACCUUCCCCAUCGCCAUGUACUGCGACAACCGUGGACUUAAGCAAAUGCCUUACAUCCCAUCUCGCAUGAAGUAUGUCUACCUGCAGCACAACCACAUCCCCACUGUUUCAGACGAUGCCUUUGGAAAUGCCACCAGUCUCCUGUGGGUCAUGCUGCACGAGAACCACAUCAACACGGUGGGUAAAAAGGCUUUUGCCAAGCUGGCCAAGCUGGACCGACUUUACCUGAGUGGCAACAACCUAACUGAAAUUCCAGCAAGCCUGCCUGCCUCCCUGCGUGACCUCCGCCUCAACCAUAACAAAAUCGCCAAGGUUCUGCCCAGCACCUUCGAGGGAAUGGAGAACCUGACCAUCUUGCUGCUCAACGACAAUGCCAUCCAGGACAUGGGCGGGGCGCUGAAGGGCCUCAAAUCGCUCACCUUGCUUGAUGUCAGCAAUAACCAGCUUAAGAAUGUCCCUGAAGGGCUGCCCAACAUGCUCCACCAGCUCUACCUGGGCUCCAAUGCCAUCAAUGCCAUCCCAGACAACUUUCUCAACCGCUUCUCCAACUUGCAGUAUGUGCGUUUCUCCCACAAUGAGCUCACAGACAAGGGCAUCCCACCCAACACCUUCAAUAUAAGUGGACUGAUUGAGCUGGAUCUUUCCUUCAACAAACUGGAGAGGAUCCCACCAGUCAGCACCAGUCUAGAGCACCUCUACCUACAGGCCAAUCAAAUCAAAGAGUUUACGCUGGGCAGUUUCUGCAGCGUGGUGGACGUGAUGAACUUCUCCAAGCUGAAGAUCCUGCGUCUGGAGGGCAACGAGAUCACCCGUAGUGACAUCCCUUCCGAAUCGGCCAUGUGCCUCCGUCUCGCCUCGGACAUUGCCCUGUAACUUGUAACUGCUCCAUCCAGGAGACAGAGGGCAGUCCAGUCCACUUCUCUUCUGUAUUCUGUUCCCCAGAAUAUUGAAAUAUUUCUUGAUCGACCUGUUGAUUUACUGCUUGUUUAGUACUUUUUUGUUGAUGUAUAUUUCUAUUUUAAGAAGCGUAACAAGGGGACGUUGUGGUUUGUUCGUGUAUAUUCUGUGUGCAGGCGUAUGGAUAGAAGGGAGAAAGCAGAGGGAAGGGUAGAAAGAGAAGGUAGGAACUCUAGCUAGGUAGAUAUUAAAUAUGUUAUGUAAGGGUGUAUUUAUCUGUUUUUGCCAGACCAGUUUGCUUUCAUGUGCUUUCUUGUACGUUUAGUCUGACAUUGCACAUUGGCAAAAGUGAUGCACUGAAAACAGUACGGUUGUUUAGGGGAGAGCAGGGCACAACCUGAUGCAUUUAGUUUUUCGAUAAAUAGUUUAAAUAAGUUUUCAAUUUAGAUUUAUACAUUUUCUAUACAAGCAAUUAUACACACAUCUCUGCUUCCAGCACAAACCAUUAAAGAAUUAUUAAGCGGUGUGAGUUCAAAUGUCACUCACCCCUCAGGUGGGGUUUAUUGUAACUAAAAAUUGUAUUGUAGUGUAAUUGUAUUGUAUUGUAUUGUAGACUAAAAAGCUAGAUGAAAUGAUUGCUAAAAAUCUGGUAAAUCAACACAAAGCACAAUUAAUUAAAUACAAUUCUGUGUUGUUGGAACAAGACAAGAUUUACAACUUAAAUACGAAAAAACAAUAUACAAAUGUUAGUGAAAAGACACUGUGACAAGUGUGGUAAAUGGAGGCCGUACUUAGGAAGCCUGGCUAACUCUCACUGUAAUUUGUUUUCACGCUUCAAAACUGCCAUAUUUCAGCCACCAAGAGGGCGAUUUAGCAAAUGUAUUUGUGAAUUCUUUGACUGAUAUACAUAACUUCCAUAGGAAAAACACAGUUUUCAGGAUGAAUCUUCAGAAUCUUGCUUUCAAAACUGGCAGAUGAUGUUGUUAUGGGAAUAUGAGAAGUUGUACCUGUGUAACUACAUGAUACAACUACAUUAAGUUGGACCCCACUCUCCCCUGCAUCAUUUUUUACAUUAAUAAAACACACUCACUGAACCAUGGCCCUUAUUAGGUACAC